AUGGCUUCUCCAUCACCCUCGCGAUUGUCGGCUCCUCGAACUCCUGUAUCAAAGUCACUUGGUAACGGCAAUGCGCUAUCGCAAUUGCAAGCGACCCAAGUUCGAACACUCCGAGAUGCAUUCCAGAUCAUGGAUCAGGACUGCGAUGGUGUUGUGAACCGAGAAGACGUUACGGAUAUGCUUAACCAGCUAGGUCUUCCCUCUAGCCCAGCCGAUGUAUCCCAUUUCUUUCCUCCAUCAGCUCCUCAAACCAUCAGCCUAGCAGUGUUUCUGAACUCGCUUGCCGACGCACUCGCAGCUCUAUCGGAUAGUGCCGACCUGCUCUCCGCCUUUUCGGCUUUCGAUAACGACGACAGCGGUCAGGUGGACGUGGUUGAGCUACGUAAUGCUCUUCUCAACACAGAACCCGAGCCUGGCGAGAAGGCGUUGACUGCCAGUGAGAUUGAUAAGAUCAUGAAUGGAUUCACUGGGCGACGAGCCUUCAACCGCAACAUGAACGCCCACCUUGGAGCCAAGAGAGGCGAGGUGUUCAAGUACCAAGAGUUUGUCGGCUCCAUCAUGGGGUCUAACAAUGGUUCUGAUAAGAAUUCUAAUGAACACGAUGACUAA